AUGCGAUGCAAUUUUCAAAGGUUUACUUUACUGCUUCAACCACCGGAUUACACGUACUGGCUCAGGAAUGUCACACUAAAACUUAUCGAAGGGUUCCUUCGUUGGUACCUUGAGAACCAUCAUACUGUCGAUGAUGCAGAGUUGGUGGAAGACCGUAUCCGAUCUCUCGAGCUGCGCUUGGCACUCCACAAACUCAACGUCCCCAAGCCAUUGCAAAAACGAAUCAAGUUCAAUGAUUCUUCAGCGGGCGAGCCUCCGAAAGUCAUCAUACCCAUGAAGAGUAAGAGUGGACUCUAA